UUUGCUUAAAGAAUCAGAUGAAUCCUCUGUGUAAAGAUGUCUGAUGAGCUGUUAUCUCGUUAUCAUUAUCCACUCAGCAUUGAUGUAAGCAUAGUGUAGUGUUAGUGUAUGGAGAAUUUUUUUUCUUUUAAAAAAAUGGCGGAGUAUAGAUUUAAUUUUCAAUGUUGUGUUGCUGUUCGGCUCCUGUUGAGUUCGAUAUUCGCUUUUUUGCAAGUGGCACUCGUCAUCACCGCAAAAACACCAGAAGAGAUUGAGAGGAUAAUGAAGGAACAUAACAUCGUGCCUGAUAUUGUCGAUCAUCCCCCAAAGCAUGAACUGAAGAUUAAAUACGUCUACGGAUACAAAGCUAAUUUUGGAAAUGAUAUAGAUCCAAAUGAUUUGGAAGGACGACCAUUCUGGGUCAGAUUUCCGCGGGGAGUAGAUGAUUACUUCACUCUUUUAAUGAUUGACCCAGACCAGCCCUCCCGGUCGAAACCUGAGGAAUCCGCGUGGGUUCAUUGGCUUGUAACCAAUAUGGACGGAAUCAGCGUAUAUUCAGGCGAUACAAUCGUCAAGUAUUUGACACCUAAGCCUGAAAACGGAACUGGGCCUCACCGAUUUAUAUUCUUUAUUUUCAAGCAGCCAGGUGGUCGAAUGAAUUUUACUGAAAAAUCCAUAAACAACACAAGGUAUGACGGGAAAAUCCGUGGGCACUUCAACACAAAGGACUUCAUAAAAAGGAACAAAUUUGGAAUCCCUCAUGCGUCCACGUUCUUUUACAGUGAAUAUAAACCCCCUAGGAAUGGCACCACGACUGUCCCUCCCGAAUUUAGGUUUACUUACCAGACGAUCGAUGCUGACAUUCUCGACGGAGAUAUUGACUACGACGUACACGGUAUUCCAGGGAUCAACAGCACUAGCCAUACAGAUAGCACAGGAAAAGACAAUGCCUCGACCGCACACUCGCAGAAAAAAUAAGUUCAUUCAUGUACUUUUGUUAUUAGUAAGUGGAACAGGUCCAUCAUAUGAACGUUAAUGGUUAGGUUAUACUCCUUUUUGUCAUUUAAAAAAGUUUUUUUAUGUUUCGGAGCGAUAUAUACGACUAUCCUUGCCGAUUUCACUCAAUUUUUAAGGCGAAGAAGAAUUUCGAGAUUAGGGUCGAAUCCUGCAUGGUUUUAAUUCCCUGGAGAAAAAAAAA